AUGGCUCACCACAAUCUAUCUGGUUCUUUCAAAACAAAUAAACGUCGUCAUGUCGAUUCUUUAACGUCUGACGAAGAAGAAACAUCAACUGAGAUUGCAGAUUCUUGGCCGAGAUUCAUUGUCAUCGCAUCUGCUGAUGGCAAUCCUUUAAAACUAAAUCCUUUCGCUAUGUCGAAAGGCAUUCAAAGUGCCUGUGGAGAAGUUACCAAUGUUACACGUCUUCGUUCUGGUUCCAUCCUUGUGGAAUAUGCACGGAGACAACAAUCUGUCAAUCUGCUGGGUCUACAGCAGUUUGUUAACACCCAGGUUGUUGUUUCGGUGCACAGGACACUAAAUUCAAGUAGAGGCAUUGUCAGGGACCGCGCACGCUGUCUUUCUGACAUGGCAGAAGAAGAGAUUGCUGCUGAAUUGAAACAUCAAGGGGUCACUGCUGUUAAGCGGUUCAGUAGAAAAUCAGAAGAUGGAAAAUUUAUCCCAACUAACACAUAUCUUUUUACUUUUUGUCUUGCUAAAAUACCAAAUUCUAUUAAAGCCGGUUACUUUAACAUCGGAGUGGAGGUUUAUGUUCCAAAUCCUCUCCGGUGUUACAAGUGUCAACAGUUUGGACACGGGGCAAAAACUUGCACUCGCAAGGCCAGAUGCUUCCGUUGCAGUGGAAUUCACGAAGGUUCCGAGUGCACAGAUGAUGUCAAGUGUGCCAACUGCGAUGGGGAGCAUGUGGCCUCAUCCAAAUCAUGUCCAGUGUUCGUAUCAGAAUCACAGAUCUUAAAACUGAAGCACACGCAAAAUAUUUCUUAUUCUGCUGCCAAACAAUUGGUACAACUUCCAUCAAAAUCACCCGCAAAUAUCACUUAUUCAGCUGCAGUCUCUUCUCCGCCGCCAGUUCUCAAAAUUACUACAGCCUCUACAUCCUGCCAGACUUUGAUCUCUUGGGUAAAAGAUGACCAGUUUACCAUCGACGAUGCACAGACAUCUCAAUCUAUGAAGUCUACUUCAGCUUCCCAGACAGACCAUUUAACAUCAGCACCUCAGCUUCUGCAAACUCAGAAAACGGUACCUCCAUCAGAACCCAGCCAUGUGAAAGUCACCAAAAACAUUCAGGGCGAAGCCCAUCUGACUAAAACGGAAAAAAAGAAGUUAAAAAAGAUAAGGGCUCUCCAGCACUUGGAUUUGCCUUCUCUUGCUGACACCACAGUAGAGGUUCAUAAUCCAUUUGAGCCUCUAGCGAUGGAGGUCAGUCCCUCACUCCCGGUUCGUGGGAGUGGACCUCCCUCUCACUCAAGAACUCCAGUUGAGCCUCCAUGA